AUGUCUCUCAAGGUUGUCGUCCUCGCCUGCGCGGCUGUCGUUGCUCUGUGCGACAAGGCACCAGUCCACGACCCCCACCCACCCGUCUACACCCCUAGACCUGCUUAUCAUGCCCCAGCACCUUACCACGCCCCCGAACCCGCCUACCACGCCCAUGCACACUACGAGCCCGAAUACCCCGAUGUGCCCCCGAAGUACAACUACAACUACGGCGUCGCCGACGGUUACUCCGGCGCCAACUUCGCCGCCUCGGAGUCCCGUGAAGGCUACAAGACCGAAGGCGGCUACUCCUACCCCGAGUACAAGCCCACCUACAAGCCUGCUCCCCACGCCUAUGCUCACCCAACCCCCGCCUAUGCCUAA